CGCGCAGCGCGGCGGGGCCGGGAGCGCGUCCGCGGCGCUGUGCCGGGGGGUGCGGGCUGAGCUCAUCGCUGGCUCCCCGGCGCUCCUUACCAGUGGCUUCUGCGGUCACAUGGGUUAUGUGCUGGAGUUUAAAAGAGCUUAUAGCCCCCGAGCCGGUGCAGAAGCAGCCGGUGGUUGCAUGGGGUAAAGAGCCGGGAGCGGCGGCAAGGACGGCGCCAAACCCCCAGAUCUGAGUGGUGGAGGUUGGUCAAGCAGCCAGAAGAGUCUGACACACGCUGGUGAGAAGCUGGGGACUCCCCAAGGACUUUGGACUAGUGGAAAGAUGGCUAACCCUGUCCCGUCAGCCUUCUGCGUGGUGCUCGCCGUGGUGGUGGUGGUGUAUGCCCAGAGGCACAGCCAGCAGGACAGCCACAUCCAGUAUGAGCGGGUAGGCGCAGAUGUGACCAUGAAGUGUGGCUCCAUGGACUGGGAUUCAGCUGUGACCUGGACAGCCAAUGGCACUGACAUUGAUGAGUCCCACCUGAAUGGGUCCUACCUUAUCCUGAAGAAUGUCGACCUGUCGCAGAGCGGUCAGUACUCCUGCUACGAGGGCUCCUCCUGGCACCUCAAGUACCAGACCUACCUGCGUGUGGGAGUUCCCCCAAAGGAGCCAGUGCUGAUGUGCCGGUCCAACAACUACCCGAAGGGUUUCUACUGCAGCUGGCACCUGCCCACUCCCACCUACAUCCCCAAUUCCUUCAACAUCUCCGUCAUACACGGCACGAGGGAGAUGGUCUGUGAGAAGGAUGUCUUUCCCAAAAACAGGUGUCACAUCAGGUACCUCCAGCUCUUCUCGACUGUGAAGUACAAGGUGACUCUGACAGUCACGAAUGCCCUGGGCAAAAGCUCCACCACUCUCACCUUUGAUGAGUUCGCUAUAGUAAAACCGGACCCUCCGGAGAGCGUGGUGGCCAAACCCGUGCCCAAUAACCCUCGCAGGCUGGAGGUGUCAUGGCAAAACCCUUCAUCCUGGCCAGACCCUGAGUCUUUCCCACUCAAGUUCUUCUUGCGGUAUCGACCACUCAUCCUGGACCAGUGGCAACAUGUUGAGCUGUCGGACGGGACAUCGCACACCAUCACGGACGCCUAUGCUGGCAAGGAGUACAUCAUCCAAGUGGCAGCUAAAGACAAUGACAUUGGCACGUGGAGCGACUGGAGCGUGGCUGUCCAUGCCACCCCAUGGACAGAGGAGCCCAAGCACCUCACCACAGAGGCGCAGAUCACAGAGACAACAAGCACUAGCACCUCCUCUUUCAUGCCACCCCCCACCACCAAGAUCUGUGACAAGGGGGCCGUGGUGGGCAGCGGAGCCGUGGCAGUGUGUUGGACAGCUGGACUGGUCUUGGCUGCCUAUGGCAUCCUCUUUAUUUAAUCCUCAUCUGUCUGUCCAUCACAUCCCAGCACAGAAGACGCCUUCCCACCACCCACAACCGCUGCCACCCCUCGCCUCGCUACCCCAUUCCCUGGGUUGAGUCUCUUUAUCUCUUCGAUUUUGCACACAUUGAGGACGUAUCACGCUUCUUGCCAUCGCUUCGGAUGAGGACAGAGCUGCUGCCAUCCCAGGGGGAGCCACAAAAUCCUCUCGAGCCUGGAGCGAGGAGACGCACUUGUCCCCCCCCCCCAGUCCCCAUGCCCCUUUUCCCAAGCAAGACAAAGCGAGCCUGGUCACCGUGCUGCAGCUGAGGACCCCGCUCAUACAGCUAACCCCCCCCACGCCAAAGACGUGCCCGCCACCCCGGCACCCACCCCGGUGACAGGGAGCGUGACGGCGCACGGAGAAAAGGGGAUAUGAAAAUGGGGGGGGUGGUGAGGGGAAUGAUGCUCCCAGCUGUGGACCCCCCUCAGAGAAGAAGGGGGUCCCUCCAAGGACCGGACUUGCUUCCCCGAGCUCGUGACCGCGUGGUGAAGCUGAAGGGGUGAAUGGGUUGGAGAAGGGUCUUGAUCUCCUCCGAGGGGAUGGAUGAUGGAGGGAAGAACUGGUGGCUUUCAUAAGUGCGGUUGGGAGCAGGGAGCUGGCAGGGUUUUAAUGGGAAAAAAAAAGAGGAAAUUAUGGGAAAAAAAGGAGGAAAUUAAAUACCAGUAAAACCCCCCUGACCCUUGCUGAGUGCCUGGAGCUGCCCCUCUGGCUCCCCCCUCCCUACCCAGCACCCUGCAGGAGCCUUCGCCACCCUCAAGCCCACAUCACCACCAAACUUUUGACCACAUUGGAUACAGGGAAUCGCCCCGUUGACGUAUUUGUCUCACUCCCCAACAAAAGCAGCAUAGCUCUGCUGUUGCCUUUAGAGCUGGAGCCCUGCAGACUUGUCCCCCGCUGUCCCCUGCUGUCCCCAGCUGCCCCUGUGCCUGCUCUGCUCUCCAUCCUGCCCCAAAACCUGUUUUGUAAAGACACCUCCUCUCGCCCCUGCCUGGACCCAAGCGCAGUAUUUAAUACCGUACGUCCUAGUAUUCCCACUGUUGACAUGCUGUAUUUGAAUUUUUUAUAGAUGUAUAUAUAUAAAAAACAGAAAAAAAAAGAAUCAAAAAAAAUAGAGGGGAUAAAAAUAAGCUCACACAGAGACAACGCACACACGCACACACACAUGCACCAGGAGAGACCGUCUUCAUUAAAUGAUCAUUUCAUGA